AUGAAGUUACGCAACUUCGGCUACUCUUUCUUAUGCGCUAAUUGGAGCUUUGCAAGUUCUGUACAGCAUAAUGAUCAAGACCUAGAACAAAUGUGGGGUCAAGAUUGGCCAUUCUCUGGAAUCCAGACCUAUGCGCACUUACCGCACGAAAGAUGUCUUAUAGACAAAAGCUUGGAUUUCGAUAUUGGUAUUAUUGGAAUGCCGUUUGACACUGCCGUAACUUUUCGACCAGGUGCCCGAUUUGGUCCCCAGGCUAUCAGGAAAGCUUCUCAGAGACAGACUUCAAUGAGAGGAUUUAAUUUUCGCGCGGGGAUCAACCCAUACCAGAACUGGGCUAAAAUUAUGGACUGUGGUGACGUUCCUGUGACUCCAAUGGACAAUAAACUGGCUUUGGAAAUGAUGGAUGCUGCAUUUGAAAACUUGCUAGACAGGAACAGCACGCUUCAAAAAUCCGAAAUGCCUCCAAGGUUUGUGACAUUAGGUGGUGACCACAGUGUCAUUCUACCUAUCUUGCGCCAGCUGUACAAAGUUUAUGGCCCUAUUUCUGUCAUCCAUUUCGAUUCACAUCUAGACACUUGGGCGCCCACCAAGUAUCCUUCGUAUUGGCACAGUGACGAAUCCGAGUUUACUCAUGGUUCUAUGCUAUGGCUUGCAAAACAAGAAGGUUUGUUGUCGGAAGACUCCAACGUCCACGCGGGAUUAAGGACCCGCUUAAGUGGAACGGGUUGGGACGACUAUGAAGAAGACGACGACGUCGGGUUCCACCGUAUUGAAUGUGAUGAGAUUCUGAAGAUCGGUGCCGAUGGGAUAGCACAGAAGAUCUUGGAUGUGGUAGCCAAAGACAGGCCAGUGUAUAUAAGUGUGGACAUCGAUGUCUUGGAUCCUAGCGCUGCUCCCGGUACCGGAACAGUUGAAGUUGGCGGUAUGCUAACGCGUGAGCUCAUCCACAUUAUUCGGAAGCUGGAGGAUCUACCCAUUGUAGGCGCAGACGUUGUAGAAGUAUCGCCUGCAUACGAUCACGCUGAAAUUACAUCUUUGGCUGCAUCCCAGAUUGUUUACGAGCUCAUUACUAAUAUGGUUAAAGGAGGGCCUGUUGAUCCCAGUAUUAUGCCAAAAAAGAAGCUGGCUGGUAUUGCCAGCGCAAGAGAGCAAAUUUUCCUCGAACCUGCCCACCAAACUAUGUGA